GGUACUUUGACAUCAUGGCAGCCUCCGCGACGUUGACAACUCGACUGCGCGACACGUUGGACUUGCUCUGCCAGAUCAAUGAAAUUCAGCCGGCGUUGUUCGUGACCCGAAAACUACGGGACUUAGGCGCCGAGGUCGACGAGUCAAUGCCAGAGUUCACUCGCUUCAUCUUGGCCACGCUUCGCACGGACAUCCACGACUUCCACAGCAACCCGCCGCGCUUCCACUACCCACGCCGUGAAUUCCACGAGCAUUUUGACUAUGUCACGAGCAAGUGCAAUCCACCGUUGCGUCAGACGCAGGCCAUGCGACUCUUGUGUACGAUCCAAUUCAUCUUGCUGCCCGCGCGUCGCUGGGUCGACGAGUACGCCGACGACACCGUGAGCGUGGAUCCGUUCGUCCUGUUUGAAAGAUACUCCAAGCACUUGUCACCGUACGUGGCAGAUCCCAUCGAUCCGACUAACGCAGUACAGCGCGACGCCAAAGAGUUCCAGCGGCACAUGGACGAGUUCCUAGUCCACCGCAAGGGCCCGCUUGUCCACGAGAAACUGGUGGCGCUACUGGCGUUGUAUCCCAUGGCGUGGUUUCAGUGUCGGGUGAUUCGGUUCUUGAAUGCAGUGGAAGACCACCUGUACCCUUCCAACGACGCGGAAAUGAUGUCGUUCCCACCGGGCACCACAGCAACACCGUACCGAGUGAGUCGUCGAUCGGUGCAGCGUCCCAUGGAUUGCUCGUCGGAAACGUGGCGAACAUUGCACCAGUGCUUGCAAGCAGCUGUCGAGGACACGGUCACCAGGCAAAUACAAGUGCAGCAGCCUCAGGAACAGGUGCAGCAGUCUCAGGAACAGGUGCAGCAGCCUCAGCCACAGGUGCAACAGUCGCAGGACCAAAUCGCAGCUUCCCCUGACGCUCCACGAGCUGCGGGCAAGAGGCGGCUGCGAACGCUAGACGAUGACGACGACGAGGACGAGCACGACAUGGUCAAGCGAGAGAAAAUGGUGGACAAGGCGGAGAUAAAGCGGGGGGAUGUGAACGGGGGGGGCAGCGUGGUGUCGUCCCCCGAGUCAGUGUCGGGGAACAUGAAGGACGACAAGAAGUGGAAAGAAGGGGGGGGUGAAGGGCCCCGUCGUCGCAAGCGCCGCGUGGUGUGGUCGGCCGCGGAGGAAGACGCUGUGCGACACGGUGUCCGGCGCUUUGGCGAGUCGAGCUGGACCGAGAUUAAACGGCACUACCCGAACGUGCUGCUCCACCGCACGCCAGAACAAAUCAAGGACAAGUACCGCACGAUCCAGAAACGACUGUCGAAAGGAACACCCUCCUGAGUGCGCCCCUUAUAUAUACAAUAAUAUAUAUUCUGUCAGUUGCA